AUGGCACAGCUGGCGGCGCAGUUCCAUGCGCAGAUGCAGCAGCUCGCUCUGCAGCAGAACGCUGCGUUUGCCACGCUGGCCGCCCAGGUGCAGAUGGCACAGCUGCAGGCCGAGGCGCCGAACAUCCGGCCUGCGCAGCCGGUGCCGCAUGCACCGCGGCUGGGACGCCAGCGCGAGCACUCCGCGCAGCAGCCGGAACAGGCACAGCAGUCGGAUCCGCAGCAGCCGGCGUCGUCGAGUCUGCGCUCUGCGCAGCUGGAGCAAGGCAGCUCUGGCAGUGAGCAACAGCACGAACGCAGCUCAGCAGUCGUCGCUCCGGCUCUCGUGCCGCUGCAGCAGUGGAGCUCGGCGAACGAGGCGCACAGGCCCUGGUUGCAAUCUGGAGCGCAGCAUCAUGCCGUGCCACAGGCGGACGAUGCACUGCAGCCGUUGGAGCUUCCGGCGAACUUGCUGGAGAACUUUCGCAGGGCUGCAGGCUGCCGGGCUGGAAGCGCCUCGCACGAGCAAGCUGCCGAAGAGGCGCAGCCGAGCGGAGGCAAGACUGCUCGCAGCAAGCCGGGUCCGUCUAAGCCGUACGCGAGACAGGAGGCGCGCAAACGGAGGUCGCAAGCGGUCUACUGAGCGCGACACGUCCGCUUAACGAUUCCGUCAUGAAGAAGCACGAGCGGAAGUAGCUCUCUCUGUCGUUCCGCAACACCCUCGCAUCCUUUCUCCGCGUCACCUCGCACGACAUCCGUCCCGCGCGCAGUCCCGUAACGACCCUCUUUCCGCGAUACCUCACUCCGAGCAAAGCACAUGAUGAGCACAGAUGCGUGAGCCGAGAUGCCGCGGCGUCGAUCACACCCGAGUGAGGUGUGCGUGGCCUCGGGCGUGGCUCGUCUCUCUCAGCGUCGCCUGCAGGGCGGACUCAUGACGCACAGGAGCAUAGCGAUAGUACAGUAGAUCAAAUGCUGAG